GGCGUGUGGUCAGUCGUGCCCUGCGAACCGGAACCGUGUGAAUCUUUCUCGCCAUGGGUGCUCACGUAUCGAGGACCGACUUCGAGUGGGUUUACAGCGACGAACCACAUGCCACUCGCCGGAAAGUGAUCCUCAAAAAGUACCCCCAGAUCAAGGAGCUCAUGGUGACGGAUCCGUGGUUCAAGUGGCAGAUUGUGGGCAUGGUCACACUCCAGCUGAUCAUGUUCUGGCUUCUGCGCGACGCCUCGUGGUUCACCAUCGUCGUGCUCGCCUACUGCUUCGGCGGCGUCAUCAACCACGCGCUCAUGCUGGGCAUUCACGAGAUCGCGCACAACCAGGCGUUCGGCCAGGGCAAGGGGCUGCCCAACCGGCUGUUCGGCAUGUUCACAAACCUGCCAGUCGGUAUACCGGCCUCGAUAUCGUUCCGGAAGUACCACUUGGAGCACCACAGGUACCAGGGCAUCGACACAAUCGACGCCGACCUCCCCACCGAGCUGGAGGCCAAGCUUUUCUGCCACACAGGCACGAAGCUGCUCUGGGUGAUUCUACAGCCACUCUUCUACGCGCUCAGGCCUGUGUUUGCCUUUCCCAAGCCUGUCACUGGUCUGGAGGUGCUCAACAGCGUGAUUCAGAUCUCGUUCGACUGCCUCGUCUACUAUUUCUGCGGAGGCAAAGUUCUCUUCUACAUGAUUGGUGGGUCCCUGCUGGCCAUGGGCCUGCACCCGGUGGCCGGCCAUUUUAUUUCCGAGCACUACAUGUUCAAGAAGGGCUUCGAGACGUACUCCUACUACGGCUGCCUCAACUGGCUCACCUUCAAUGUCGGCUACCACAUGGAGCACCACGACUUCCCCGCCGUGCCGGGCUCCAAGUUGCCACUGGUUAAAAAGAUCGCCGCAGAGUUUUACGACGACCUGCCCCAGCACAACUCUUGGGUCAAGGUCCUGUACGACUUUAUCAUGGACCCCGACAUCGGUCCCUACGCCCGCAUCAAGAGGAAAGGGGCUGCCAUGCCCGUACUCGACGGCUCUGGCGACGUGAUCAAACCCAUCUCGGAUGUCACGUUCUCCGACAUGAAUGGCUCCAACGGGGUCAAAAAGCACGAGUGAGGCCGUGGCAAAGGAGGGGGUGACUGGGAAGGGGAGGGUAGGUGGGAGGGGAGUAUGAGACGGAGAAGCGUUCAUACGCAGAGGGUUGGGGGAUUGGGUUCAUGCUUAUGACGCACACAACGGAAGUGGAAAGGGGGCGAUCUGAAGGAACGGUGCUGGAAAAGAAAAGGUAGCCGGCUGACUCCAAGCGUGUAAGACUUUUAGCUCGCCAAAGAGGCUGAAUUUCGUGACGGACUUGGAAGUAGCUGCGAGUGUCUGGGUGCUGCUAUAUAGAGGAUCGGCUAUGAAAGGCUAACAAAGGUUUGGUAUUGGUGGGUCGUAAUACUUGGUUUAAAGCACAUGUCUGCAGGCAGACUGCCCUUGUCUCGCAAGCUCGCAGGAGAGGGUUUCGUAGUGUGGUUUUGAACAGAAGGCGUAAAGUGUAAAAGGCUUGUAGUGACCGAGUCGAGCAGUGCUUACGUAGCCGUCGCACUAGCCUGUUGUGUAAGAAAUGACAGAGCGGUGGUGGAGCAACGGUGCCUGUGACGCAAUGAAACUAUCCUGUGUGACCGUGUGCAUCGUUGAAGGGCAUUAUUAGAUGCUGCAAAGAAGCCUUCCCGCAACGGGCAUUGCUGAAAGGUUGCAUGGCCGAUGGCUUGCGGUGGCUAAAGACACUGCGUCCAGCUGUGGCCUCAUCUGCAAAAGCCAAAGUGUGAGAAACUGCACACUGCACCUGCAAUGUUGGCUUUGAACUCACCUGUGCAUACAAGCCUUUGUGAGUGAAAGUGGACGGACUGUGUGGGAGUGUGUCGGAAGCGGUGUGGAUCAAAGUGCGAGAGACUAAGACUGAAGUUUUUCUGAAGGAACUGUGUGGGGUCGGACAUGUCUUUCAAGUGGUAGUGUGUGAAUUGCAUGGCAUUUUUUUUUUUCAUUGUGUUUUAAAGUGGUGUGAAAAAUGUUGUGAUGGUAUGCUCAUAUUGAGCCAGCACAUUAAGGUUUUAUUGAAAGAGGCGGGCUUGCUUUUCAAGGAAAGGGGGUGGCCAGUCCACUGUGUGUGUCGUAGCUGGUACUAGUUUCAUAAUGGCGACUCAUUGUGCGUGGAUUCAGUCUUUGUCUUUUGAGGCAUUGGCCAUAGUUCACAGUCCACUGUAUCUACGCAUGUUUCAGUGCAUGCUGUAGCCUCGUACAUUGCUAUCUUCAGGCUGUUACAGGGAUUUAUUACAGCGGUAGACGUUUACAAUACGAUUUUCAAGUAUUUAAAUGUGAUUACACCAAGCUGUAGGUUAAGGAAGCUUGAGUAAGAACAAAAGAAAAUGACCGGAAUGAAAGCAGUUUCAGCUAUACACUCAGAAGGUAUUAACACAUAACGAGACUCACUGCGCUUUAGGUCAACAAUACUCGUUAGCAAGGAAUUGACUAUGCUGGCACAAACUUGCAAUAAAGUUGCACAUGUUUUCUGUCGGUGUACAAAACUCUUAUAUUGUCUAACAAUGAAAAAAUAAAGGCAUCUACUGCAAUCAUCAGGCCGAGGUGCAAGGGCACCUGCAGUUCCUCAUAGAUACUGCUUAGGACGUACCGGUGGGUCACCCAGUUAACCGCGAUUACUCAUGGAAGCACACAUCAUAGCCAAGAAACACAUUACCCUAUUAUGUUGUGCAUUUCCCUUGUUUCCAGUGUGCUCUGCAGUAAGACAUGAAAUUCAUAUCAGCUUUUGUAGGUAAAUCAGAAAAGUUUUGCCUUUGAAGAAUGUCAAGAGCGUUGCCAAUGGCAGAAAAAAGACAUUCAGCCGCUCAACACCAGUGUGUGUACAUGCGUGCCUCAGCGGAAAGUCGGGUAAAGCUCGUUGCGUCUUCGAGAAGUUACUCACUGCUACUUUUUUAUGUCGCAAUGUGGUGUAGUGUCAAAGUUUUUUCAAGUUUUUAGCUGUUUUUCAUACCCUGCACUCACACUCUUCAGUGCAUCAGCAGUUGGCGGAGAUAAAAAUAGACCGAUGAUGAAUUAGCUGAAAGAUCUGUUAGAAUGGACUUCGGCUAGCGGUCGUGGAAGUUUUAUAAAAGCAUUUGGAGUGUGUUUGAAGUCACAGUAGAUUUCGUCUUGUUUAUCGCAUUCUUUCUGUAGUGUGCUGUGUGCAAAUUUCCCAGUGUUAAUGUUCUCACAAGCGUUUCUGUGUAAAGUGUGGCCAUGACACGGAAGAUAGUAUUACAUUUUUAGUCUGUUGGCAUUUGAGUUAUGGAGCAAAAUUUCUACUUAGCCCGGCAUUUUCACUCUGCACUUAUAAACAAAAUGCUGCGCUGAGUGGGAAAAAAGGAGACCGUUGCUAUGCUUGCAAAUAGAGGUUUUGUUACCCUGAUGAACGUUAUAUCAAUGUAAAUGCAUGCGAUGCAUGCAAGAUAUUAGAGAUCUGAGACAUUCGCAAAUCGUGACACUCUCAUACUUAAGACAUGUGUGCAGUAGCAGUGUGGUCCGAGUAACUACAUGUUCUCCGAUUUCGUUUCCUGUGGCUGCUUUUCACCAUUUCUGAAUGCCUCAUGUAAACGAAAGAAAGAGAAUAAACAUCUUUAUUUACAAUGUG